UUUUAUAUGAUAUGAUUUUCGAAUGACACUGGUACAGAGUUCUUGUAUGCAGUCAAAGAAAUAUUUGUCUUGUAUACAAAAGAAGAAAAAGAAAAAAAAAUUCCGGGUUAAAAAAAGAAAUAUGUUUUAAAAAUAUAGAGUUAAAAAUUUUAAAUGGUAAGGUGGUACGCGUACGAGUAUAUAACAAGGUAAUAAUAAACAGUGAAACAAGAUUAAUUUGAUAUAUUUUUAGUAAUGCUCUAUUUAAAUUCUAAAGAUAAACAAUCGACAAGCGUAAAGCUUAGGAUGGUCUGAACUCUCCCUCCAAACCACUUUGUGUAAAAUCAAUAUUUCUAACAAGAGGGUGAGAGAAAGAGACGAGACCAAGGGUAUCCGCGAAUUGGAGAAGGGAUGCGAUGCGAGUCCGCUUCGGCAACACUAUAGGCAAAGCCUGUUGCUGAUGCCACAUUUCAAAGUACGUUCUUGCGAUAACGAUAACUUUCUCGCUCGCGAUUGAUGAAAAUUCGAUUUUCUAUCUUCAUAGUUUGUCAAUCAGGAUAAGAAUUAGUGAUGUGCUGUGGACAUCAAUCCAGAGAUUAUGGAUAGGCUGACUAAUUGGACAGUUUUUCAUGGCAUGAAUGUAACACCAUCAACAUCGAUACCAGGAGAAAACUGUGUCUCAAAUUCAUCGACGUCCUCAGUUUUAGACAAGUUAUUAGUCGUUGCUCCAUCAUUGAUUUCAGUAAAUCAAGAAUUGAAAUGGAUUUUUCUUUUACAUACAUAUGGUUUUGCGUGCCUCUUCUGUGUACUUGCAUUUUACACAUUUUUAUCUAUUCUACAUUUAAGGUCUCUUAUAUCAAACCGGCCUUUUAUGUCGACAAUUAAUAUGUUCUUAUGUAUACUUGGAGUGUCAAGAGCAACUUGCCUCUGUAUAGAUCCAUAUAAUCUUAAAGACAUCAUGCCCAAAGUGAUCGGAUCUAUAGUAUGGGAUAUUGGAUUUCCCUGUAUAACAUCUGCCUUUAGUCUUAUACAAUUGGCUUUUCUUCAUUUAACUCAGCUCAAGUUUGGACCAGAAAAAAUACAAAAGGAAUCUUGUCUAAGUUUAAUUAUAACAGGCCACUUUUUUUUCAUUAUCGCCAGUGAUAUCGCUCUUACUUCUCACAAUUGUUAUAUGGUAAAGUACGUGGUCCAAACAGUAUUCCUCGUCUGGAGUAUUCUUUUAUAUUCAACAUUCCUACAUGCAGGAUAUAAAAUAAUUCAUUUAUUACAAACUGUGCCAAGUAGUAUGUUAAUGAGAGACAAUUCUAACACGCAUCAGAAAGGUAUCAUGCAACUAGCUAUGUUAGCACCUUACAACAACUUAGCAUCGUCGGUUACCGCUGCCUUGGUACCUACGUUGCUUAGUUCAAAAAUUAAAGAUACACAAGAAACGGAACCUCCAACUUUUACAAUUGAUUCCGAACAAAAUUCUAAAGGUAAGAAAAUUGAAGAGGCCAAAGGCGAAAGUCAGAAUUCUAAAAUUGCUAUUAAUAUCGUAGAUCGACUUACGAAAACAUUCAGAAACGAAGAACAGUCUCAGAAAGAAUCCAAGUCCCCUUGUAAAAAUCCAGUGUCUCAAACUGAGUGUACAGCUCCUGUAUCAACGGUACCGGAAGUAUACGUUAGACCUCCUACACCUACUCCGUCGGCCGCUAAUCUACCUAUAAUAACGGUAUCAAGUCCAAGUCGCAGAAGUUCCAUAGGGAGCAGACGGAGUAGCGAUGCAUCUAGAUGUUCUCGUAGAAACUCAGAGUGCAGCGUCAGAUUCACUAACGAAGAGAAUGGUUCUACGCCAGACUGCCGGCGUAACUCUGAUUUUAGUCCAAAACACUCGCCUGAUAUCAUUAGACAGCGAUCUCCGGAUAGAAUGUCCAGAAGACAUUCUGAAAAUGUCACUCCUGUAGGAAGCAUUAAGGACUUGAGACGAUGCUCCGAUUUUUCUCACGAGAAAAAUAGAAGUUCUCAAUUUGCUGCUAAGCUGAAGAGGAACAGCGACUUCGGAAACAGAACACCUAGACGAAUGUUACCUACAAAUCAACAUCACAGGCUAUCUAGAGUUGUGGAUUUAAGCCCUGCAGGCUCAAGACGUAAUUCAGACAUUAGCGGUCUUAUUCCUAGAUCCGAAUUACGUAGAAGCUCAGACGUUUCUUUUCGGCGUAAUUCUGAACUCUGUCAGAUUAAGCCGUUAGAUCUAAGUCGACGUAGUAGCGAUAUAAGUAUUAGAACUUUGAGUAGAAGUCCUACUCAUGGUCGCAGUAUAGUUUCUGAAAAAAUUGAGAUACGAGAGAAAUCCGAAUCUGAUUCGGAUCAGCCUGACUGCAGUGAAAAGGCAGCACUAAUGACGGAAACGAAUAAAGAUAAAGAUGACGAUGGAAAAAUACGAAAGAAAAAUUUAUCGUGGAAAAACGAAAAAGAGAAGGAAGACACCGAAGAUAUAACUGUCGAGACCAAUUUGCUUCCCGAAAAUACUGCAUCCGAUGGAAAAAUCACGAGCAGCGACUUCACACUCCAUUCAAUAUUGAAUCACAUUGCAUACGUAAAUAGAACUAAAUCUGACACACCUCUACAUAUAUUAGAAGCAAACACUGCAGCGGUUAGAAGAUCACAAAUCCGCCACGUAUUGAAUGUCACGUAUGCAACUGCAAUUUUAGGAAUCAUUUUAUGUAUCACAGAUGUUGCUCGUAUUUUUGGACCAUAUGGACUUCUAGCUGAGAGUGUAAAGUAUGGUACACAACCAGCCAUCGUACAGUACCCGAUACCAUGGCCCUGGUUUGUUUAUCAAACUCUGUGCAGAGGUAUAGAACUGAUAAUGGGUUGGGCAAUGGCAAACAUUACUAAACAACCAUCAGCGAGUCCACGACACCAAUAUCUAGGUGGUUACCCUAAUUAUAAUGUACAUGUGAAACGAGGUAAUAAUCCUUACAUAUAAAAGCAAUAUAUUUUUAAGUCAAAUAUCAAUGAAAAGCUAAAGCAAAUAUUUUUAAAUAUUUAUAUCUUGCGUUUAUAUUUAAAAACUCGCGAGAGUAUAUUAGUAGUAUUCUUUUACGAUUAUUCAUAUUUUUGUACAUCUCAAAGUGGAAUAAUGAAAUCUCAUUUACCCGACGAUAUUUUAAAGAAAAAGCAAGAAGCACAAACGGUUUUUCUUUCUGCCGAGAAAUCGAAUGUCCCGCGAAACGUAACAAUAUUUUUUCCUUUAUAUUUACAAUCGUUCAAAAAUGAUAAAAGAAUCAUAAUAUAGUAAUUUUAUUGAUAAAAUGAAAAUAACAAAUUUAAUAAAAUGUUAUUUAAAAGAAUAUAGCAAUAGAUGAGUACGUUGUUCCAAAGAAGAGAACGUGUGUUCCAAAUAGCAUCUUAUAUAUGUAUAAAAACUAUAUACAUAUAAAAAAUUUUUAAAAACGCUUUACACUAAAGAUGUUCUUCUUCUGAAGAUAUUUUCAUUAAAAACUAUUUUCUUCUUCAAAUUAGAAAACUACUUUUUCAAAGAGUAUUAUUUCAGUCAUUUUUCGAGGUUCAAAGAUAAAAUUUAUUUCGUAUUGUAAUAGUAUGAAACUUUAAAGAAAAGAAAAGAAAAACUACUAUUUCCUAAUAAAAAAAAAAAAAAAAUUCUCUGAAAUCUGUACAUAAGAGGAACAUUAUAGUAGUAAAUAAAUCACUUUUAAGAAGUUUUUACUUUACAUCUACUGCACCAAUUGAUAAUUAGUAGUAAUAAUACCAGUUCAAGAUUGAAGUGCCCUACUAUUAAAUGUUUAACUGAAAUUCUUUAUAACUGAUGUAUAAUCAACUUAUCAGCAAAUGCAAAUUGUAACAGUGUUGUGAUUCUACAUGUGAUACACAAUUUAUUUGUCUAGAGUAGGAGAUCCUUUUACGCUUAUGUAAGUGUUGAACAAUAUAUUACCUUACGAGACAAGAGACUGGUAAACGUGAAUUAUUUAUUAUUGCAAAAAGCUAUACUAUUCUAUUCUUUCUUCUGCAGACUUUUGUAGAUUUUUCUAAUACAUUUUUAUUGAUCCCUUAUUGAAAUAGAUCCUUAAGCCAUUUGUGCCCAGCACUUCCAAAAAGAAAAAAAAAGACAGUUUUAACUACUUCCUACAAUUAUUCAUAAAAAGUAAGAGUUGCAACAUUAUUUUACAAUGUAUUUUGAUAUUAUGUACUUUUAUUAAAUAGAAUAUGUCAAAAACACAUACAAUGUAUCAAGGUCAUUAUUAUUAAUGAAUCCUAAGAAAAUAUUGCAAGAUAGUGAAACAUGUAAACAAUCAUGGUUCAUAAGCCAACUAUCAUCAAACCUAUAAUUUUACAUUAUUUAACUUCACGGUUUUUGUGAUUCUCAAAGUGAACUGUUUCAUAUUCUCUUAUAUUAUUAAAGUAAACUUAAAUGUGAAUUUUCCAAUCCUUUAUAUUUAUAUAAUUAUAAGUGACUUUUAUAUUGAAUUUAAUUAGUAUUGUGACAAAAGACUAAUUAUACUUACACAAGCAUGAAAGGUCUCACUGACUAUCUGUUUAGAGACUAUCGUAGAUCUUAGUAUAUAACGAUAUGUCAUCAGUGUUUAAUGUGCCAAAUAUUUAUGUUAACUACAUUAAAUGUUUAUAAAGAUCGAUCCGUGUGGAUUCGUCUUACGAACGUAUCGAUAUAAAUGAAUAUUUAUAUACAAAUUCAAUGUACAAUAACAAAUGAUAUCGUUUGAGUUAAUACUGUCCGAGAUGAUGGUGCAUAAUAAAUCACUAUUUUUAUUGACAAAGAUUAAAUUGUUAUAAGAAAUACCUGUACUAUUCUCGCAAAGUUCAAUAAAACUAUUAUGUGAUAAUAGAAUCCGAAACAACUUACAAAAAUAUACUAUCUUAUAAGUUACUUCGAAAAAAGGUCAUGUAUUAUACCAAAAACAUAUGAUUACAUACCUAAAUAUAAAAGUAUGUCACAAUUAAAGUAUAAAUAAUAUAAAAAUGAAAUUUUAAAUUAUAAUAUAAUGAAAUAAAAUUUAUAUAUACUUAGUUCUGUUAGAUAGCAUUUUUAACCAAUAUCUUUUGUUAAUAGCCUAAGUAAAAGUAAUAGUAGUUUCUACGAAGUUUUUUUUUUUUCAUUUCAUUGUGAACAAUACUUAUUUUCAAAAAAUAAUUUUGAUAGAAGCAACAGUAUACCAUAUAGUAGCAGUAGGAAAUGGAUGGAUGUCAAAACAAAGGUGUUUAAGCAAUAAAGAGUCAUGAUUACGAUAUUGUGCAUUAUCGUUAAUAACCUCAUUUUUACAGUCGAACUAUAAUUGAGAAAUGUUAAUUAAAUAAAAAAGUAUUUGUUUGCAUUAAAUAAAUAAAUUAUACCAUCAGGUUAAGAUGAACAAAUUCUGAAGAUUACCAUUUUUCGUGUUUGUUAUUUUCUAAUUUCACAAUUUUAAUACAUUGGUAUUUCAAGAAUGAUUUAAACUUGCAUACAGUAUUGCACAAGCGUUCAUAUUUUACAAUUAAGACUUAUUAAAACGUUUAAUCAAUUACUUGUACUUAGCGACACGAUCUCUUCAAUUAUGAUAUUAACGGUACCAUUCACAUUACACUGUACAUGAUAUACAAAUAAUAAU